CAUAACCUUAAAAGAUGGUGAGUCAAAACAAAAACACCAUAUCUGGUGUUUAUCUCUUGUUUUGUCUCUUGAUCACGUCUGCGUAUGCAAGCUCAUCCUUCAUACAACAAUUUACUGAUCGCCCCAACGCAAAUCUGCAGCUCAAAACAGAGAAGAAUAUAGCAGAACCAAUGCCAAACCUGGAAGAAGAGCACAACUUACAUAAACAUCAAGAGAUCACAUCACGCGAUUCUAAAGUCUCAGUUUCAAGUACGGUGAAUGGUCUAAGAGAUGUGCCUCCGUCGUCUUACUCUCUCAAGAUGGAGUCUUUCAACAAGCUCCUUAACUCACCGUACACAGAGAAAUAUGAAUCUCGUCCUUUCCCUGCAGCUGGAUACAACUGGACUCUUGUUGUGUACCCCAACGGGAACAAGAAGGAUAGUGGUUCAGGGUACCUUUCGCUUUACGUAGCCAUAGACAACUCGACUCUCGUGGCUGCACAUCAAGAUGUUUUCGUGGAUCUCAGGUUUUACAUCUUCAAUAAGAUAGAGAGGAAGUUUUUUACCAUCCAAGAUACCAAUGUAUGGCGCUACAAUGUCUUCAAAACCAUGUGGGGAUUCCCUCAAGUCCUCCCUGUUGCUACAUUCAAAGACCCUAAAAAUGGAUACCUCUAUGAUGGAGAUCACUGCGAGUUUGGUGUUGAUGUUACCAUCCCCACUGUCUUUCAAAAAUCAGAGCUUUUCUCUGUCGCUGAGAAUUUCUAUAAUGCGAAGUACACCUGGAGGAUUCAGGGAUUCUCCACACUUCUCAAAGAUAAGUACCUAUCAGAUGUGUUCACCAUAGGUGGAAGAAGUUGGAAUAUACAGGUGCACCCAAAUGGUGCUGGCACGGCAGAGGGGAAAGCCCUGUCAAUGUACCUUGUCCUCAAUGCUAACGAGAUAUUCAGACCCUAUGAGAAGAUUUACGUCCAAGCCAAGCUUCGAGUUCUAAACCAGCGCCAACUCAAUAACGUCGAAUGGAAAAUUGACCAUUGGUACAAUGGUCCGGGAUAUGGAGCUGCAUCUGGUUGGGGUUUUAGUGAGUUUAUCCCACUCUCUGAUCUCAAAGAUUCAUCAAAAGGUUUCGUUGUAAAUGAUGUGUUGAUGGUUCAAGUCGAAAUUGAACUUAUUUCUUCAACCAAGUACUUUCCUAGUUAGACUUUUCUAGUCUGCCCAAGGAAUUUACAGCUCCAUGUUUGCUUUAUUAUCAACUACUUAAUAAUAAGAACAUCUGUGUGUUUGCUUUUAUUUUUUGUUCUUUCUCAUGAAAAUCGUCACUCUCCUUGAAAGUACCAAAGAUUUU